AUGAUCAAAACUAUAUCUGCCAAGGAUUUGCGCCAGCAUUGGGUGAACCGUGAUGAAAUUGCCCUCCUCGACGUUCGCGAAGAAGGCCCAUAUGCAGAAGCCCAUCCUCUUUUCGCUUUGAGCGUACCGGUAUCGGAAAUUGAGAAGAAGCUGCCCCCGCUGGUUCCACGACUGUCUGCCCCGAUCGUGGUCUACGACAAUGGGGAAGGUUAUGUCGAUCGGGCUGCAAACCGAAUAUUAGCCCUUGGCUAUCAAGAUGUUGCCAUGCUUGAAGGCGGGCUUUCUGCGUAUGCUUUAGUGGGUGAGGUGUACCGGGACGUCAAUGUGCCUUCUAAAGCAUUCGGUGAGCUGGUGGAAUCUAUCAAUCAUACGCCGUCGCUGUCUGCUCGUGAAGUCAAGAAUUUCCUGGAUAGUAACAGCGAUGUCGCCAUCCUGGAUGCUCGGCGGUUUGAGGAGUAUAACACGAUGAGUAUCCCGCGUGGUCGCAGCUGCCCCGGAGGAGAGUUGCUGUAUCGUGUGCUCGAGGCAGUGCCCUCCCCGGAAACAACAAUUAUCGUGAACUGUGCGGGUCGGACACGAAGUAUCAUUGGAACGCAGUCAUUAAUAAAUUCUCGAAUUCCUAACAAGGUGGUUGCGCUUCGAAACGGAACCAUCGGCUGGACAUUAGAGGGCCUGGAACUCGACACCAAGAAGACGGAGCAGGCUCCACAGCCUUCACGGGAGGCGUCACAAAAGGCACGAGAAUAUGCUAGGUCCUGCGCUGAGCAUGUCGGCGUUUCUGUGAUCGAAACUGAUCAACUUCGUCGAUUCGUCGAGGAGUCGGAGGAUCGGACUCUAUACUUGCUGGAUGUGAGGGACCCGCAAGAGUAUGCCCUCAAGCACCCCGUCGGGUUCGUGAAUGCUCCUGGUGGACAAUUGGUACAAGCCACAGACGAAUGGGUGGGCGUUCGAGGUGCUCGCAUUGUCUUAUACGAUACGGACGGUGUGCGAGCGCGCAUGACUGCCAGCUGGCUCGUACAGCUCGGGUGGGAGGCCCAUGUUCUCCGAGAGUCAUCUGUGCUGCCUGAUGAUACCCCGAUGCUUAAAACCCUCUCAUGGCAUUAUCCCAAGACUGGCGCGAUUUCAGUCGAUCGCAUUCGAACUCUCACGGGAGCGAGCAUAGUCGACCUUGCCCGCAGUCCGUCCUAUCGCAAAGGUCAUAUUCCUGGUGCAUGGUUCGCUUCUGGACCAGAGCUUGCCCGAGACCUGAGGACUGUCAGCGGUGAUAGCCCUAUCGUGUUGACCUCUCCUGAUGGACAACUAGCCGCUAUGAACCUUGAGCAUGCACAAGCGGUGGUUUCACGCCAAGUUUUGUAUCUUGUCGGAGGAACAGCCGCGUGGGUGGCAGCUGGUGAAUCACUCGAGACCGAGUCCCGGUGGCUUUCCCAGCCAAUUGACGUCUAUAAAAGACCGUACGAGGGCACCAGCAAUGAUCGCAAGGAUAUGCAAGGGUAUCUUGACUGGGAGUAUGGCCUUGUUGCGCAAUUAGCAAAUGACGGCAUUAGUUGUUUUCAUGUUGUGCGUGACCGGCGUGGAGUCUAG